AUGAAGAGCAUGAAGCCUCGUCGCGGCGGCAACGAUCGCGGGGGAAUCCGCAAGCGGGGCCCUACUCGCACCGACCGGGAUGGCGACAUGGAAAUGGAUGCGGGCGGUGCUCGUGCAAAGAGAAACCGGGCUGAGAAAUCUGCCUUGGGUGGCCGCGCCGCCGGCACAGGCGCAGGUGGCCGAGCUGCAGGACCUAGCAACCGGCCCCCGGCUCGCAACAAGCAGAGGGAUUCGGAUCUAAUCCAGAGAGCCAUUUACAGCGUCGACGGCCAAGCAAACAUUCGUGACGGGAAGAGAAAAACCGGCGGCGAUCUGGAACCGUUUAGUGUCCGAGGAUGGAAAUCGAGCAAAGCGGCAAGCAACCGUGAUGGCGGCCUCGAGAGCCUCAUCGCAUUCCUCGAACGACGUAUGAACUCAUUCAUCAAAUCCGGACCCCGCGCAAAGAUUACAAAGUCGCGCACUGAAGGUGACACUCUCGUGGCCUUCGUUCGACCUGAUCUGGCGGGUCACAUGCUUCGCAUCAACAACAAUGUCUUCGCCGGAGCUCAUGUUACUGUCGAAGAAUACACUGCCGCCACCGCACUCGAUCAGGAACUGGCUGCAGCGGACCCUGCUCCAGGCUCGACCGCCGAUACUAAGACUAAGAUGACAACUAUCCUUGGCAAACGCUUCUUCCCUGCGACCAAGCUACUUGACUUGUCGAAGCUGCCGGACGACCCCGGUCUGCAAGCCAUGGGAAUCUUCAACAAUGUCUCUUACAAGUCCAAGUUCUUCCCAGCUCUCAUGAAGGUCUGGGAAUUGGGCUUCAAGACUGUAGCCGAGCGACGUGAGGCGGUCGAAAGUGUCAGUCUGGCGGAAAACAACCUCACCAAUAUCAGCUCCGUGACAACCCUCGCACAAUCUUUCCCUGAUAUCCAAUACCUGGACCUUUCAAAGAACCAAAUCAAAAAUUCGCAGGCGAUGAUCGGAUGGCGCUGGAAAUUCCGCAACCUCAUCUUCCUCGACUUGACUGGGAACGAGAUCAGUUCCGACCCGACUUUCAAGGACACCAUGCUCAAGUGGUAUCCCAAGCUCCAAACUUUAAACAACGUCCAAGUGCGAACCCCGGAAGAGGUCGCAGCUCAGAAGAGGACACCGAUCCCCGUCUUGCCCCCUCACUUCAUUGACGAAUCUCAAGUCGGCGAGAACUUUGUUCGUGCUUUCUUCCCUGGUUAUGACAACGAUCGCAACGGCCUCGUCACCAGUGUCUACGAUGACCAGUCCACUUUCUCGCUGAAUGUAAACACCACGGCUCCCCGGGCCGGUCAAACUGAGACUGCAGGUUGGGGUGAAUACAUCAGAAAGAGUCGAAACCUUGACAAGAUCAGCCACCUUUCCGCACGGAUGUCGCGGUCUUUCAAGGGCAUUGAGCAAAUCCGUGAAGUUUUCAAUGCGCUCCCACCCACUCGCCACCCCGACCUUAUCGCGAAGGCAGAGCAAUGGCUCGUUGAAUGCCACCCUGUCCCUCAUCUCCCCGACCCUACUGGACAGAGCCUCACUGGCGUUGGUGGCCUCUCCCUUAUGGUGCAUGGACAACUUGAGGAGAGCGUUGGUGGCAAGAUUGAGAUCCGCAGUUUCGAUCGAACCUUUAUUCUUGGCCCCGGCAACACCCCCGGUGGCAUCCGAGUCGUCAGCGAGAUUUUCUGCCUGCGCGCUUUCGGUGGACAUGAGGCAUGGUCCCCUGAGAUCCAGGCACUUUCCCAACUCCCCCAGGUUGCAGGCCCCGGUCCUGUUCCCACCGCGGCUCCUACACCCCCCGCAGUCCCCGCAGCUGCCCCGAGUCUCAAUGUUGCUGAAGGAUAUGGGUUGCCACGACCUGGAAAGUCCGACACCCAGCUUCAGCAGGAGCAGAUGAUCGCUCAGAUGAGUGGCAAGUCGGGCAUGACUUUCGAAUACUCGGAGAUGGCUCUCGCGGGCAAUGACUGGAAUGUCGAGCUUGCUUGGAAGAACUUCGAACAGCUCAAGGCAACCAAUGCACUUCCUCCGAGCGCCUUUCUUGCUCCGGCGUGA